AUGCCUACGACACUUCAAGCUGUGCCCUGCUCGCACCCGCUGGCCCUCAAAGAUAGUUCUGUUAACAUGGAGGUGUCGAUCUCCCCAUUCCCGAACGAUGCGUAUGAGAUAGGAUGGAUCUCCGCACUGCCCAUUGAACUGGCUGCCGCAAGGGGCAUGCUGGACGAAGAGCAUGGUAUCCCGCAGUCGUCUCCACCCUUGCAAGAUAGCAACAGCUAUAUCCUGGGACGUUUGCACUCCCACAAGGUCGUCAUCGCAUGCCUGCCUAGAGGUGAGGUUGGUGGCAGCUCAGCGGCCGUGUCUGCUAGAGAUAUGCUCGGUGUUUUCCCCAAUAUCCGCGUUGGAUUGAUGGAGGACGAGGACUUGGUCGAGGACGAUAUGCGUCUCGGCGAUGUAGUCAUCAGUAGUGACAAAAAGACAGGCGGUCUUGUUGCAUAUAACUUCGGGAGAAAGCUGCCGGACGGGUCAUUUGAGGUCGCAUAUCAUCUGAACCAGCCUCCAAGGGUCCUGCGUGUUGCGCUGUCUACCAUGGAAGCUGACCAUGAGCUACGCGAGAAUCGCAUCACCGAGUAUAUGAAGCAGAUGGUUGAAAAGCUCCCGCUGGGGACGAGAGAGAAGUGGUUGCAUCCAGGGCAGGCUAAAGAUCUUCUUUUCCCCGCGAAUUAUGCACCGAGGAGCACUACUCCCACCAUUCACUAUGGCGUUAUUGCCACAGGCUCCGAGGUUGUCAAGCAUGCGUCAACCAGGGAUCUCAUCGGAGCUACACACAACGCCAUCGCUCUGGAAAUGGAGGCCACAGGGCUCAUGAACAACUUCCCUUGUGUGAUUAUUCGGGGCAUCUCGGAUUAUGCAGAUUCGCACAAAAACGACCAGUGGCAUCGAUUCGCAGAAGCAACCGCAGCAGCUUGUGCAAAAGAGCUACUCCUUUUCAUCCACGCAACCGAUGUAGAGCAGGCUUCUAAGGCAACUGAUAUUUUGGGGCAUCUUAAGUCAAUCGAGAGCAGUAUCAAUGAUUUCGGUAAUGGUGUGAGGAAUCUUCACGCGCAACAGCAGCAAGAACGUCUGCGAAAAUGGCUUUCAGCUCCCGACCCAUACAUCAACCUUGUCAACGCCCUAGAAAAACAUCAUUAUGGCACUUGCUCAUGGUUUCUUAAGGGUGAUAAGUUCAGAGAGUGGAUGCAAGGAACUCGUCGUACUCUGUGGGUACGGGGACUGCCAGGCUCUGGAAAGACUAUCUUAAGCUCUCAAGUGAUCUCUGCCCUCCUCGCAGACCGGCACGGUAGAGAAUUAUCACCAAUAUACUUCUUUUUCGAUACGAGGGAUCGUGGCAAGUCCUCGCUAGAUGGCCUUCUUCGAUCGCUCAUCUCGCAGCUUUCUUCAAUCUCGAAUAAAGCCAUGGUAGGUCUGAGGACAAUUUUUGCGGAAGAGUAUGCAGGCGGUGAUAAACGGCUGCUCCCUAGAGACUUGAACACGCUCUUCCUUGCAAUGCUUCGGAGUACAGACGAGCCUAUUCGACUUGUUAUUGACGCACUGGAUGAGUGUAACACAACGGACGAAGUUCUAACCUGGACGCGAAACUUCACUACGGAGCUCAGAGAUGCUUCUUUUGCGUCCCCAGACAGUCAAAUGGUAAACGAUGACAUUUCCACCUACAUCCAGGAGACGGCACAGGGCGACGUAAACUUCAAUAGAUGGAGAAAUGUGCCUGGCAUUCUAAGCUCCAUGCAUGCUGAGAUGAUCAAGAGGGCCAAUGGAAUGUUCCGGCUUGUAGCGUGUCAUUUACAAGUUCUCAGAACUUGCGUUGAUAUCGGGCAAAUAGAGGAGGAACUGAAGCGCCUUCCAACUACGCUAGAAGAAAUGUACGACAGGAUACUCCAGAGGAUCGAAAGUCAUCACCACGCGAGAGUAAUACGCAUGUUACAGUUCAUGGUUUACAGCCAAAGGCCAAUGCGGGUCGAAGAACUGGUGGAUGUGGCUGCCGUGGACCUUCUAAGGCACCCUCCGUUUGAAAUAGAUCGUAGGAUGCCGGAUACCCAGGGUAUUCUGGACAUUCGCCGGAGUCUUCUUACGCGAGCAUCCGGGCUGAGCAAAGACACUGACGACACCACCUCUACGGAUCUCAUUGAACUAGCACACGCGACGGUGAGGGACUACUUGCUCUCGCUCACACCAUCGAACAUGUUCUACGACGUGGCGAAUUCGACCCGGGCACACGGGGUAAUCGCUAUUGUAUGCGUGGCGUAUCUCUCCCAUAUUAAGGAAGGCCAAUCGCUGGAAGAUAUUCAGAAGCAAUUCCCCUUAGCACAGUUUUCCUCUAGAUACUGGCUCGAGCAUGCUGAGGCUUCAGAAAGUCUCUCCGAAGUAAGGAAGGCGUCCAUCGCAUUUUUGACCCAGGAUAAGACAAGGCGGAUCUGGAGUCUGUUCUAUAACCCCGAUCGCCCUUGGCUUGAAUCUAAUUCUGAGUCUUACACGCUGGGAUCUCCAAUUUAUUACGCUGCUCUGGCUGGGCUCACUAGUACCGUGGCGACGUCGCUUGAACACGGAGCAGAGCUAUCAUCGCCCGGCGGAGACUACCACAAUGCCCUCCAAGCCGCCUCCAUUGGGGGACACGAGGAUAUUGUCCGACUGCUAUUAAAUCACAGUGGAAUAAAAGUUAAUGCCAUGGGUGGCCUUUUAGGGAAUGCCCUGCAGGCGGCUGCAACAAAUGGCAACGCCAAGGCGCUGUCCCAGUUGCUAUCGCGUGGUGCGGAUCUUCGGCUCGAGGUAACCAGGAAGCUGUUCGUCUACUGCCCCAAUGGAGCUCGGGUCAAUGCCCGGGGAGGGAAGUACUCCAAUGCGCUCUACGCAGCCUGCUAUCGUGGAUAUGAGGAAAAUGUACGUAUUCUGCUCAGUCACGGGGCAGAUUGUAAUGCAGAGACUGAAAAGCACAUUACACCGCUCCAAGCCGCCGUGGGAGAUAAUCAUAUCGGAAUAGCUAAGGUACUGCUGGAAAAGGGGGCAAACGUCAACCAUAGUAGUGGCCUGUAUGGAACUGCUCUUCAGCUAGCUGCCGCCCGUGGUCACGCCGGCAUGAUAAGACUGCUGGCUGAGCAUGGAGCGGACAUCAAUUUUCUGCUGGAGAGAGGUGGAGGUCUUAAUUCGCGAGGGGGAUACUAUAGAAGCGCACUGCAGGCUGCCGCUGCACGGGGACAUACUAGUAUCGUCACAAAACUGCUGGAGGCUGGCGCCCAUGAUAAUCCUGGCAUCGAUGAAGACAAUGACGACGGAGGCGUUGAGCUCACACAGGAAGCAUUCGAAUGCGACCUACCAAGCGAUGAAGCUUCUUGGAGCUCUGCAAGCCAAUCUGCGGCUCGAUCAGUUGUUUCGCAAUCCAGUGUUGCGAAAGCUCAACAGCGGCUUCUCCAAGGUACGGAUCAGACGCUUGAGGAGACGAUUUUCAUUCAAGACGAGAAUUUCAUGACCCAGCUCCUCGGCGAGCGGCCACGGGAAAUGGUAUAUAGCAGGAGACACAAGUCAUUGUUCAUUUCGCCCCAUAAAAUCGUCGAGGAGCUGGAGUGGCAGCUCAUGAGACAGAAGUUUCAGCGGACGCUGCACCGAAGACUGCAUGCAACCGCGCUUCAGGCUGCCUCUGCCAACGGGCAUAGCGAAACAGUCAAACUCUUGCUGGACGCUGGUUCUGAUACAAAUGCGACUGGAGGGGCUUAUCAUAGUGCUCUUCAAGCUGCUGCUGCUCAGGGACAUUUGUUGGUCGUCAGGCACCUGCUUGAAGCAGGAGCAGACCCUAAUAUUCGGGGGGGAUUUUACGGAAGUGCUAUCAUGGCUGCUGCAGCGCAUGGUUAUCAUCAGCUAGUGCGCCAUUUGUUAAAGGACACGGCGGAGCAGAGCUUGUCCAAAGGCGUGUUCUUUGCGUGUCUUCUCACCGCAGCAGCUAGAGGACAUGAUCUAGUCGUCGAAACGAUCCUCGAAACAGCCCUAGGCCACUGCAAAGUGCUGAGAUUGUUGUUGAUGCGAGCCAAGGAUGCACACAUCAAAGGACGGUGGUAUACCCCUGCACUGCUUGCUGCAGCAGAGAAGCAGCAGCUUCAAAAUACACACAUCCUGCUCCAGGCUGGCGCUGACGUUAACGAAAGGCUUGCGGAGGCGAGAACUGCAGGAACAUCGCGUAAUAGCGGAAGAUGUGAAAGUGUGAUUGAAGCAGCGGUGCUUGGAGGCAGUGUCGAGAUAACAAAGCUGCUGCUUGAGGCCGGCGCAGACCCCAACCCCGACCAUCGACUGCUGAGCACAGCGCUGCAUACUGCGGCCGAGAUUGGCCAGCUGAACACUAUGCGUCUAUUGAUUUCCUAUGGGGCCGAUUGGGAGACAAACCCUCAAAAUUGGGGAAAGAUGCUGGAGUUGGCUUCUGCUAUGAACCAUCUCGACGUUGUUCGCUUUCUCUUCGAUCUAAAGGGCGGUAGCGUGAGCAGCGAAGACCUUGAUGAUGGACUGCGAGCAGCGAUCGGUUCCGGCGGUCGAGUUUGGGAGAGUGGUGUCAAGUGGCCCAACAGGCCAAGCCUUGUGCGACCAAAUGUCUGCCACGAAGUUAUCGAGUUCCUCCUUUCAAAAGGAUCGGACGCGAAUCGUCAAAAAGCACUUCAACUCGCCGUGGACAGACGUGGCCUAGAUUUGAUACGCAUAUUGCUGAGUCACGGUGCCAAAAUGGAAGCUAUCGUUUGGUCAGAUAGUUCCAUCUGCUGCAUUACCUGGGCACAGGGUACUGCGAACAGCGGGUUGGCUAAUAUGUUACUUGAAGCAUGCGUUGAACUUGACGUAGAUGAGAAAUUGAGGGGGAGUAUACUUGAAGUAGCCGCCAGUAUCGGCCAUAAGCGGGUAAUGGCUAAACUGAUUGAGCAAGGACGAUUGAACGACAAUCCUAGCACUCAUGUUCACCAGCUAGGCCGCGGACUUCGCGCUGCCGUCAGAAAUGACCAAAGAGAGGCCGCUGAAAUACUGAUUGCCCACGGAGCUGACGUGAACCAAGAGUUCUCUUGUGGUGAAAGGCCUUUAUCGGUGGCGUUUCAGGCGGGUUGCACGGGGAUGGUCAGGCUUCUUUUGGAUGCUGGCGCUGCUCUACACUUCCCGUGCGGUCGUAGUCCACCCCAAGCCGCAGCCGAGUGGGGGAAUGUUGAGAUCCUACGAUUUGUUUUGGACCAGGGUUGUGAAGACGAUGUUCAAGAAGCACUGAACAACAACAUCGGAGGGUCCGAGAUGGCAGAGAAGCUGGCGAUAUUGCUAGACUGGGCAAGAGAUCGGCGGAUUGUCUUAUCCCUCGAUGAAGCUCUGGUGCAAGCCUGCCUUAGAUGCGACAGACUAUUAGUUGGGAGUCUGUUGCACAAGGGUGCCAACCCUAAUGCCAUGGUUCCUACAACUACUCAAAGCUUGUUUUGUCAUAUUCUGUCGAAAGUCGACCGAAAACGUCGUCGUCAACCGAACGAGGGUGUAGUUGUCGCUCUCGCGGAGCAGCUUCUAUCGGCUGGUGUGGAUCUUGAUGCCCAAGAGGAUGCAGUGCUCAAUUUUGCUGCCCUUUCAUGCUCAACUCAGAUUGUAAAGGCCUUAUUAUCUCGCCCGAAGCGCUUCUCAGCAGACGCAUGCAUACAAGCUCUCUACGUGAGUAAGCGGUGCAAUCGCGAACAUCGGAGAAAGCGCCGCCAGGUCGAUCAGCUAAUAUUCCGAUGCCUGCUGGCAAAGGAUAUCGAGCAGCUGGAUGGAGGCUCUAUCAGUGUACUUUGUCGUCGUAGUGAGGACAUGGUGAGGAUACUACUUUCUUCGGCCUUUGACUUCGCCAAAAUGGCUGAAUCGAUUGGCGAUGUUACCAAAGAACUCUUAUCCGCCGAUAAUGCAGGCUUAGCAAAGUUGCUAAUUAUGAAGACGACUUCCCGCACUGAAGUGAGUCCAGAGGUGAGGAGCCAGUUGCUUGAAGAAGCCUCCUCUCAUGGAUCAGAGCAGAUUGUGCGACUUCUUCUUUCGUUGCCCAACAACAACUCAAGGCUUCCCGUAAAGGGUCUCAAUCUUGCUCUCAAAGCCGCGGUUACCUCGGGCCACUCACCAAUCGUUAAGCUCCUCCUUGGACAAGCAGGGUUAGACCUUUCCUUGGUCGAUCCGAAAUCAGGAAGAGAUAUCCUCUGGCAAGCGGCUAACCAAGGCAAUCCUCAGAUUGUUAGCCAACUCCUACAUACUGAUAUCCACCUUUCCGAUCACACUAUUUGGGGAAAUGCUCUAUUGGCGGCGGUCUCAAAAGGCCACAAGCUCGCACUGGGCGUGCUGCGACAGGCAGGGGCCAAGCUCGGUGGCAACGGUGAUUGCGCCGAGUCCCGUAAGGUCUCCGAGUUCAUCAAGGCUGCCCUCAAAACUGCCUGUGCUGAGGGCUAUGUGCAAAUAGCAACCGAACUAAUUAAGACUGGGGACAUUGAGGAUCUGCAAACAGUCCUGCGCGAAGGACUUUAUGAUGCUGCUCGAAGUGGACAUGAACUCAUGAUCAUAUUUCUCUUGCAGCGACCAGAGGUUAUAGGACAGACGCAUGAACUCUCCCGUGCUCUUCUAGCCGCUGCUGAAGAUGGAUGGACUCAAAUUGCAAAGCUCUUGAUUGAACAGGGUGCCGAUGUGAACUACCAGAGCUAUGAGGAAGGCUGUGUUUUGGUGAUUUCUGCGCGACGUUACCGUGAAAAUCUCAAGAUGACAAAAUUGCUACUUGAUCGAGGCGCAUGUCUUGAUCAAAAAGACAAGCGCACGGGACAAACCCCAGUGGAGUGCGUUAUACAGGAGAAACACCAAGACACAGUGCGACUGAUGCUCAGAUACGCCACCAAGGUUCUCAUUGACCAGCUUGGAGACACGCUUAAAGCAGCCGUAGCACUCGGCCCGAAAUACAUAAUGAUACUAGGACUGCUAUUAACUGCCGGCGUCGAUCCUAAUGCGUAUAAUAACAUAGGUGGAAUUUUUGAUAGUGCUCUUCAGGCCGCUGCAUUUGGCUAUCCCUCGCCUAAAAGCGUGUGUUCGUCAGGCCCAUCGAUGGAUCAGGAAGAGUUGGUUAGUCUCCUGCUUGAGAGAGGCGCUGAUAUGAAAGCCAUCGGCGGGUAUUUUGGUACAGCACUGCAAGCAGCAUCAUUCGCGGGUAGAGACAAUGUGGUUCUAACGUUACUCGAUGCCGGGGCUCAAGCUGCUUCUCAGACUGAUGGACAACCAGCCACAGCAGCACCAAUAAUUGCGGAUGUUACGCCCCCUCUACAGCUGCGGCGAUUUGUAGAUAAUGGAGAUCUUGGAGGGCAAGACACGUAUUUCACCGCACUGUCAGUCGCUUCAAUGAUGGAAUUCCAAGACAUAGCCAAGAUGCUCGUUGAAGAGGGUGCCGAAAGUAAGACACAACCCGGAGUGCUGGCUGAGACAAUGCGUGACGCUUCUCAUCAAGUUACCCGGUAUGAGAUUCACAAUGACUCUUUGACAACCAGUCAGGAAAAUGAGGCUCUACCGAAGGAUUCAGGGCAAUGGUUCAUACGCCCUACCCCCCAGACGUUUCAGGAUCUACUGCAAGAGUUGCUCGACGACGGUAUCGACAUCAACACACCGAAUGGACGGUUUGGCAAUAGCCUACAGGCUGCUAUAAGCGGUGGGCACGAGAAUAUUGCUCAAAUUUUGAUUGCUCGAGGUGCAGAUGUAAAUGCUCUUCUUGCUGCGGUUAUGACGGGGCACAAGGAAGUGGAUGCCUAUGUCCCAGCAUCAGGCCCAAGAUUAGGUUCGUUGCAAUCCAGCCUUAGGCCAGCCGCCUUACAGGCUCCCCAGAAAUCUCACAAGGGCACGCACGUUUUCGCUCUCAGGUCACCAAGUAAGGAGGUAUUACUCACAUCGAGCAUGUCCCCGAAGACUGAGUUGCCUGUCUUCGGGCCUAACGGCCUCAGCGAGAAAACAAUGUAA